AAAGUCUGAAAUACUACUAGUGUAUAGUGGAAAAUCGGUCAGGCGAAAUCGCUAACUAAUUCAGUACUUUUUCAUAUUCACAUCGGGUCUUACAAUAAACCAGAUAUGCCGUGGCAAAUAAAUAAUCAUAUUUAAAUGUAUGGACAUCGACGAGGUAGUACUACGUAAUAAGUCUAAUGUGUAACUGAUUGGAUAGCUGACGGCGUUGUACGGCGUGGUAUGCUGCUCGCUGCUAGGCAUCGUGUUCCUGGUGGUGGGGCUGGUGCAGCUGUCACCACGAGCCGAGGCUGCGCAGCACCGCUACUCGCUCAUGGGCACUGGCGGCACCAUGCUUGCACUCGCAGUGUCCCUCUCCCUGCUGCGAUGUCUGGGCAUACACUGGUACAAACGUCAAUUUGAAGAAGACGACGAUGUCUCGGAACAGGGCGCGCAUCAGAACGGAGUCGCCGACAGGCACGGCCACGUCGACCACAAGACCGGACAAGUUAACCAUAAAACUGGCCACAAUGACCAUAAGGCCGGUCACAAUGACCACAAGACCGGUCACGACAACAAGACCGGUCACGACAACAAGACCGGACACAACGACAACAAGACCGGACAAAAUGACCACAAGACCGGCCACGGUGACCACAAAGCUGAGCAUAAGACGGCCAAUGAGAAGCCAAAACUCAAGACCCAGGCUAGUGUCGGUCGCGAUCUCGACCUCGCUAAACAGCCGUCAGCGGCCAGCGACACUUAAAUCUUCGUAUAUCGAAUACCAUAAUUCGAUAAAAUACACUACCGCAAUUUAAUGUUAUUAUUGAAUGCGGAUACUUGUAGCCCAUCGUUGGGCAGAUACUUUGCCCAAAAUUCGGUGUUUUAUUGUAUAUAGUAACGUGUGCUCGAUGUCUAUUAUCUGAAUGUUUUUCUCGAGCGAAUGUACUGCCGGGAUCUGUCCGGGGCGAUGUCUUUAUCACUUCAUAUCAAAUGAUACUAUCACUACAGAAUGCCUCUUGUACAUCAAAAUUACGAGAUCUGAAUGCAAUUAAAACUGUUACAAAACCAACAACGACAAAAGAACGAAUUGACAUUUAAUAGUUCGGCAAAGAGUAUGUAACCAAAGAGUAUGUGACUAUUUCGUAGAAAGAGGAACGAGCAAAAAGACAUUUGACAGUUCAGUCAGUCAGACCAAUAAUCAUAGAGUAAAAAUACCAUAGAGAGGCAAAUCCAAUAGACCUUGUAAGGCAAUGGUACUCUGAAAGUGUGCAAGAGGCAUUCAAAAAACAAAUAUACAAAGUCGGUGUAAGCUAGUUUAAUAUUGAUAUACUUCGCUCAUUCAUAUUGUACUCGAUAUAUUGAAUCUAUACUGUAAACUAGCACUGUAUGCGUUACCAUAAAUAUAUGUUAUAUCUAUUUUUGUGCGUUGGAAAUACAACAAAUAUAUUGAAGAUCAGUUUAUCACACCGCAUCUAUCAUAUAAAAGCAAAUUUCAUAUAUAUUUUAUGUG